AUGUGGAUCCAGGUGCGCACUAUGGAUGGCAAGGAGACCCAUAGGGUCGACUCCCUGUCCAAGCUCACCAAGGUGGACGAGCUGCGUGUGAAGAUCACAGAGCUCUUCAGCGUUGAACCUGAGAGGCAACGACUCUUUUACAGGGGCAAACAGAUGGAAGACGGCCACACACUCUUCGACUAUAAUGUUGGAUUAAACGACAUUGUGCAACUACUGGUGCGUCAGAAGCUCCCGUCCACGCCGCUGCCGAAGGACAAAGAGGCCGAGCUGUCCGACUCAGACUCUGGCUGCGGAUCGGCCCAGAGCGAGUCCGAUAAGAGCUCCACACACGGUGAGAGCGACGGCCAGAGUGCCGGGACCUCGGGCCAGACUGACACGCCGGAUCUCAUCGACCCUGGCUUUGGCUUUUACAAGAUCAAUGAGUUUGUGGACGCUCGAGACUUGAACAUGGGUGCUUGGUUUGAGGCGCAGAUUGUCAACGUGACGAAAACGACAAAGUCUUUGAGUGAAGAUGGAGGCUCUGAUGGGGAAGAGGAGAUCAUUUACCAUGUCAAAUAUGAAGAUUACCCUGAGAACGGCGUGGUGCAGCUGCGCGGGAAAGACAUCCGUCCGCGGGCGCGCACCGUCUACCAGUGGCACCAGCUGGAGCAGGGCAUGAUCGUGAUGGUGAACUACAACCCAGACGAGCCCAAGGAGCGCGGCUACUGGUACGACGCGGAGAUCCAGAGGAAGAGGGAAACACGCACCCAGCGCGAGGUUUACGGCAAGAUCCUGCUCGGAGACGCUGGCGAUUCUCUCAACGACUGUCGCAUCAAGUUUGUAACCGAAAUCUACAAGAUCGAAGAGCCAGGAAGUUCAGAGGGUCCAGGGGCCUCUUCUGACAGCCCUCUCAAGAGGUCAAACGGACCCGAGUGCAAGGUCUGCAAAGACGACCCGAAGAAGAACUGCCGCAUGUGCAACUGUCACGUUUGUGGCGUGAAGCAGGAUCCUGACAAACAGCUGCUGUGCGACGAGUGCGACAUGGCGUUUCACACCUACUGCCUGAACCCGCCGCUCACCACCAUCCCUGAGGACGAGGACUGGUAUUGUCCUGAAUGCCGUAACGACGCCAGCGAGGUGGUUCUGGCUGGAGAGAAGCUGAAGGAAAGCAAGAAGAAGGCCAAGAUGGCGUCGGCGAGCUCGUCCAGUCAGAGGGACUGGGGGAAGGGUAUGGCGUGUGUUGGCCGCACUAAACAGUGCACCAUCGUUCCCUCCAACCAUCACGGCCCCGUUCCUGGAGUCCCAGUGGGAACGCUGUGGAAGUUCAGAGUGCAGGUGAGUGAGUCCGGCGUUCACAGGCCUCACGUCGCUGGGAUUCAUGGCAGAAGUAACGACGGCGCGUACUCUCUGGUUCUCGCCGGAGGCUACGAAGAUGACGUGGACGACGGUAACGAGUUCACCUACACGGGCUCCGGGGGUCGCGACCUUUCGGGAAAAAGGACAGCCGAGCAGUCCUGCGAUCAGAAGCUCACCAACAUGAACAGGGCUCUUGCUCUGAACUGCAACGCGGCGGUGAACGAGAAGGAAGGCGCCGAGGCCAAAGACUGGAAAGCUGGGAAACCUGUGAGAGUCGUGCGCAGCUCCAAAGGACGCAAACACAGCAAGUUCUCUCCCGAAGACGGCAACCGCUACGACGGCAUUUACAAGGUGGUGAAGUAUUGGCCAGAAAAGGGCAAGUCCGGCUUCCUGGUUUGGAGAUACUUGCUGAAACGUAACGAUGAUGAACCUGCGCCGUGGACCCGCGACGGGAAAGAGCGCAAAAAACUGGGGCUCACCAUGCAGUAUCCUGAAGGUUAUCUGGAAGCCGUAGCUGCGAAAGAAAAGGAGAAAGAGAACAAAAACGAAGAUGACGACGUUGAAGAAACACCCACCAAGGGCAAGAGGAAGAGGAAAUCCCAGACCGUGGAAGAGAAGAGCUCUCCGGCCAAAAGCACGCCUAAGAAGAUGAAAGUGGAGGCGUACAAACUGAGCAGAGAGCAGAAGGCCUUGAUCAAGGACGACGAGCUCAACAAGAAGCUGUGGGACGAAGCCAUGGAGUCUCUCAACCUCGGACCUCGCUUCAUCAACAAAGUGGAGGAAGUUUUCCUGUGCAUCUGCUGCCAAGAAGUCGUUUAUCAGCCCAUCACCACAGAAUGCCAACACAACGUCUGCAGGGAAUGCCUUCAGCGAUCUUUCAAAGCCGAGGUCUACACCUGUCCAGCCUGCCGACACGACCUGGGCAAAAACUACCAAAUGACGGUGAACAAACCUCUCCAAGCCAUCCUCACUCAGCUCUUCCCCGGAUACAGCAGCGGCAGGUGUUGACGAUGACACUGUCGGCACAAGGAUGCGGCACGACAGAAUUUAACGAACGAAACCUGGAUUUCGUUUUUUAAUAUAUUUAACAAAUGCAUCAGGUUGUAGGAUUGAUGGAAACACCUCCGCCUUGAUUGAACAUCGCUACUUGAUUUGGCCCUGUUUUGUGAUCUGCCUCUAUCUAGCCACUUGACUUCUGUACGUUGUAGUUAUUUCUUCCGAAUUGCGAUCUUCGUAUUUACGAGUAAAGUGAUUCUAGUCAUGUUUUAGCUAUAGCCGCUUCAAGUGACGUAUCAAUGCCUUCUUGUACCCUACACCAGCACAAUGAACCAUAGCUAUGCACAAUUACGAUGUUCGUUGAUCAUUUUUCGCAGAAAUUUGUCAUUACGAUGAUUUGUACAAAAACACUGGCUCUAGAAUCCCGCUAAAAAGAUCUCGUUGCUUCAUAAGUGCGUUUGACAUUUUUACUGUAUCAUCGUUAGCACUAAUUGAAUUUAAUGAAUGCUAAUAUCACAUCAAAACGUUUUUUUUUUGCCAUUUGAUGUUAACAAUCUUUUGUACGAAUGCUAUUUAGAAUGGGUUGAGUUUAAGGUGCUGUAGCAGUAGUGUUUUUACCAUUGUUAACGUUACCGAACUAAGAACUAUCUAUGCACUUAUGAUGCUUCUUAAUUUUUCAGAAGCAGUAAUUUGUCAUUACGAUGAUUUGUCCAAAAGCACUGGCUCUAGAAUCCCGUUAAAAUGAUCCCAUUGCGUUAUGAUCAGUGCGUUUGAUAUUUGUACCACUGUUAACGUUAACUAAAUGUAGAUGAACUAGCUAUGCCCUAAUAUGUUUGUUCCAACAAUUCUUUGUCGUUUGACAGUAAUAAGCCUUCGUACGAAUAUUAAGAUCCGCGUGAGCCGUAGCAGUAACAAUUUUACUGUACCAUCGUUAGCGUUAACUAAAUUUAAAGAAAAUAGCUAUGUACUAUAUGUUUGCGACGUUAAUCGUUCGACAUUAACAAGCUUUCUUACAAAUGUUAACAUUCAUGAGUUUAAGGUGCUAUAUACAAUGUUUGCAAUGCUAAUAUCCCAGCAGGGUUUUCCAUUUAUUACAUUAACAAGCCUUCGUACGAAUGUUAAUGUCCAUGAGUUUAUGGUGCUGGAGCAGUAAUGUUUUUACUGGACCAUCGUUAAUGCUAACUAAAUUUAAAUAAACUAGCUAUGCACUAUGAGGAUGUUGCCACGUUAUCUCAACUUUUAUUUUCGCCAGCAGUUUUUCAUCAUUAAUGACAAGUCUUUGUACAAUUGCUAUUAAGAUCUGUAAGUAUAAGGUGCUGUAGCUUUACUAGCACACAAAAACGUUUUUACGUUUUGGCUUUAUUAAAUCUUUUAUUGUACUGCCGUUAUUGGUAACUAACUAAAUUUAAUCUAAAAAAAUUAUUCAUUUUAACCUAAUAGUAAUUUACAUAAAAAAAAAACGUAUCCUGUUUUUUCUUAUCCGUUUUGAUAAGCGAAUAAAUUAAUACACUCUGAAAUGAAUAGAUAUUAUCCCUCUUUUUUUUUUUUUUUCUCUCCGUUUAUUUGCUUUUUAACUGCUGUAUGUGCUUUAGAAAUGGAGUGUCAUUUUUCCACUAACUUCUGCCGUUAUGCAAACAGUGGUCAUGCGCGUAAAACCGAUCCGCGAUCUGCAUUUCAAGUGCUGUUUCGAGUCAAUCCCAGAUCCGGUUUUAAGCGCUCCUGGUCUGCCUUGACUUUUCGAAGGUUUUCGAGGUAAAUCCUUGAACCGUUUUUCGCACAAACCCAUACAGAUUCACAUUCAGGAAGUAUUUAAUUGUAUUGUCUUUUUCGCCUGUUGACGUUCUUUGCUUGUUGUAAGAGUUAUAGUAUUUGCUAAAUAAAAUGCCUAAGGCUGCAGAUAAUGA